AUGGUCAGUCUAGGCGACACAGCAACCUCGGCGUGCCUUCGUCUGCGGACCCCCUUCCUCACCCUACUUGCGAGACGAUCUCGGAUGUCCUACAGAACGUCCGCCACGCGACCGUCGCCGACCUCAUGGAGAUGCAGAAUGCGAACCUGCACAACCUUCCGGAGAACUACCAAAUGAAAUACUGUGAGCUCCGUCCGUAGAGCCAGAUCCCUCGCAUGAAGCGACGCUCGACCCUCAGCUCCCUCUUCGCUCCCUAUUCCCCCGUAGACCUCUACCACGCCCUGACCUGGCCCCAAGUCUCGUUCGUAGCGGAGGAUCACAAAGGUCGGAUCGUAGGCUACAUACUCGCCAAGAUGUACGCACCCUGGCCCUCCUCCCACGUUCUCGCCUCUCGAGAGAAUCCCCACCAACAAUCUUCGCCCGUCCGUUUUCACUUCCUACAGGGACGAGGAAGCGACAACCGACCCUCAUGGUCACGUCACAUCCAUUUCGGUCUUGCGCAACUACCGGCGAUUAGGCCUCGCCAACAAACUCAUGCAAUUAUCCCGUGCGUCUCUUCCCAACCCCUUCAAAUCUUCAUUUCCCCGGAAACUGAUCCCUCCCCUUUUCUCUUCCGUCUCACAACAGAACAAGCCAUGAAGUCGACCUUCAACGCUUCCUACAUCUCUUUACACGUGCGCAAGACGAAUCGCGCCGCAUUGGGUUUGUACAGGGAUACGCUCGGGUUCGAGAUCGUCGAGAUCGAGAGCAGUUAUUGUCAGUUUCAGUUUCCUCUUCUCUUCUCUGGACCCUCGAGCGCGACUUUGGGAUGCUCGGCAAAAAUGGGGGGGAAAGGAACGUUGAGCUGAUUCUCUUCUCGUGGCUUUUGGCUUUCCUGGACCCGCACCUUAUCCUCAUCCAGAUGCCGACGGAGAAGUAAGCUCUUCUUUUCACCUCCGACCAGGGCUUCCCCCAAGAAAUUUCGUCACUAAUACUACGUCUUCGCCUCCGUUUCGAGCAAACAGGAUGCCUACUCGAUGCGACUCAACAUUUGA